AUGGCAGCUAGGAUUAUCUAUCUUACUGCAGAUUGCUAUGACCCAUUGGAUCCAAAUGGGAAUGUUACAGUAGCUUUCGACAUACUUCAAUGGACACAUGAUGGCUAUGUGGCAAGGGUAAGUAUCCAAAACUACUAUCAAUAUCGUCAUGUAAACAAACCUGGAUGGAAGUUGGGGUUCACAUGGAGCAACAAGGAGGUGAUUUGGUCCAUAUCCGGUGCUAUUGCAACACACCAAGGGAAUUGCUCUAGUUUCAAAGAUGAGAUACCACAUUGCUGCAUACCCACCCCACAAAUAGUUGAUCUCAUGCAUGGUGGUGUUCUUACUGCCAGAGCAAUUAACGCUCAACAAUCAUCUUCCUCUUUCAACAUGGUUGUGGGUAACUUGCAAGUCGUACAGAUGCCUAUAAAUCUUACUUUAUUGGUACCCGGACCUGGCUAUACUUGUAGCCCUCUGGAGGACACUGAACCAACAGUUUCUCUGGUCAUUGGGGGAAGAAGAGAAGAACAAGUUUUUAGAACAUGGAAAGCAACAUGCACAUAUUCUAGUUUUCUGGCUAACAAAAUGCCAGUAUGUUGUGUUUCAUUAUCAACAUUUUAUAACCCACAAAUCACAGCAUGCCCUCAAUGCAGUUGUGGAUGCAGACCAGCAGACAAGAAAACAUCCUUCUGCAUUAGUCAUGAUUCUUCGCUUGAGACAGAAUUCAUGGGUAGUUCGGACACAGUGAGAUGCAGUAAUCAUAUGUGUCCCCUUCGAGUCCAUUGGCACAUUAAAAACAACUAUAUGGAUCACUGGAGGGUGAAACUGACAGUUACCAAUCUAAACUACGAUAGAAACUACACUAACUGGAACCUGUUGGUGAAUCAUCCCGGUUUUGGUCCAUCUGCAACAACUUACAGUUUCAACAGCACCUUGCUCCACACUGCUGGGAUCCCCGAUGAUGUAGCCUUGUUUUGGGGUAUCGACUACUACAACACGGACCUUCUGAACGCAGAAAAGGAUGGAGUGGGUUCAGUAUCGACGGAGAUAGUGUUAGGCAAGGAUCCUGCAACAUUCACAUUACACAAUGGUUGGGGUUUUCCCAGAAGCAUCUAUUUUGGUGGUGAAAACUGUGUGAUGCCACCUCCACACACUUUUCCAAUGCUUCCCAAUGCUGCUUCUACUGCUCCAUCUACUACCCUAAUCCUCAUCAUCCUCCUCCUACUAACAUUUUAA